AUGGUGCCAGAAAACCAAACACGUAUUUCAGAAUUUAUUCUCUUGGGGAUUUCAGAAGAGGCAGAUCUACAGCCCCUCCUCUUUGGACUGUUCCUGUCAAUAUACCUAGUCACCUUCACGGGGAAUUUACUCAUCAUCCUGGCCAUCAUCACAGACUCCCACCUCCACACCCCCAUGUACUUCUUCCUCUCCAACCUCUCUUUUUCAGACAUUUGUCUAACUUCCACCACUGUCCCAAAGAUGCUGCUGAACAUUCAGAUGCAGAACAAAGUUAUUACCUAUGAAGAAUGCAUCAUUCAGAUGUAUUUUUUCAUGCUGUUUUUAGGAUUAGAUCAUUUCCUCUUGAUAGUGAUGGCCUAUGACCGGUUUGUGGCUAUCUGUCACCCACUGCACUACAUGAUCAUCAUGAACCCCAAGUUCUGUGGUCUCCUGAUUAUGGCACCCUGGUUACUGAGUGCUCUGGAGUCUCUAUUACAUAGUUUAAUGGUUUUACGACUGUCUUUUUGUACAGAAUUGGAAAUCUCCCACUUUUUCUGUGAAAUUAAUCAAGUAGUUCAACUUGCUUGUUCUGAUACAUUCUUCAAUAACCUAGUCAUGUAUUUUGCAACUGGACUUGUGGGUGUUAUUCCACUUACUGGGAUCCUUUACUCUUACAGUAAGAUUGUGUCCUCUAUAUUAAGAAUUUCAUCAGCUAAGGGCAAAUAUAAAGCUUUUUCCACUUGUGGGUCUCAUCUCUCCGUCAUUUCCUUGUUCUAUGGGACAGGUUUUGGAGUUUAUCUCAGUUUAUCUGCUACCCAAAACUCCAGAGCCAUUGCAAUAGCCUCAGUGAUGUACACUGUGGUCACACCCAUGCUGAACCCCUUUAUCUACAGUUUUAGAAAUAAGGACAUAAAGCAGGGCCUAAGAAAACUUUUCAGCUGA